AUGUUUUCCUCCACUUUGAGAAAGUCAAUUAUUCGUCCACGAUACGCAGCUGGUCUGCACCGCCAAUGGAUUCAUACAUCACGAGCAGUGUUCAACCCGGCUGUCAAUGUCUUAGAGAAAAACAGCAGGACUGAUUGGACAAACACGGAUCGAUUCACAACAGAGCUCAAAUUUAUCGAGCAAAUGGUACCUUUGAAAGCGUAUCGCGUCAUGGACCACACAGGCACUGUACUUGAUAGCGCCCAUGAGCCAAGGCUGAGCAAGGAACAAGUUGUCAACUGCUACAAAAAGAUGGUGCAGCUACAUGUCAUUGAUGGUAUCUUGUAUGAAGCACAAAGACAAGGACGUAUCAGCUUUUACAUGACCCACUAUGGUGAGGAAGCAAUGAUUGGAACGGCUGCUGCAUUGGAAGAUUGCGAUGUUGUUUAUGGUCAGUAUCGUGAAGCAUUUAUGCUACUCUAUCGAGGAUUUACAAUGGAUGAAAUGAUGAACCAGUGCUUCAGCAACGAUCUUGAUUAUGGCAAGGGUCGUCAAAUGCCUAUCCACUAUGGGUCCAAAAAGCUCAAUUUCCAAACCAUUUCAUCUCCUUUGGCUACGCAAAUCCCACAAGCAACAGGUGCUGCUUAUGCUCUUAAGCGAUCAGCUAGCCGUGCAUGCGUAGCAUGCUUUUUCGGUGAAGGUGCUGCAUCUGAAGGCGAUUUCCAUGCUGGUCUUAACAUGGCUGCCACCUUGAAUUGCCCUGUCAUCUUUUUAUGUCGCAACAAUGGAUACGCUAUUUCCACACCUGCAUCUGAGCAGUAUAAGGGCGAUGGUAUUGCAAGCCGAGGCGUGGGCUAUGGCAUUGAUACGAUUCGUGUGGAUGGCAAUGACAUUUGGGCCGUCUACAAUGCUACCAAGGCAGCACGUCAAAUCGCUGUUGAAGAAAACCGCCCCGUGCUUAUUGAAGCCAUGACUUAUCGUAUUGGCCACCAUAGCACAUCCGAUGAUUCGACAAAGUAUCGUGAUCGUAAAGAAGUUGAAGAACGUGCCAAAUUUGAUAACCCAGUGACACGAUUACGACGAUACCUGGAAAACAAGCAAUGGUGGACUCAAGAAGAGGAAGACCAAUGGCGUAAGGAAGUACGCUCUUCCUUAAUGAAGAGCUUCUCUGCAGCCGAGAAACGCAAAAAGCCAGCGGUGGAUGCAUUGUUUACCGAUGUAUACGAUGAGCUGCCAUCUAAUCUUCGUGAUCAAAAGCAGGAACUUGAAGAUCUCAUGAAAAAGUAUCCCGAGUAUUAUGAUACAAGCGACUAUGCUUCUUCUCCCUAG